AUGGAAACCCUCGGAAUAGCUUGUCGUCGAUUGGCCUUCACAACAAAAGCAUCGGGACGGCGAAUUUCCACACAGAAAGCACUCGCCACUCGAUAUGAUCCGCGAGUGUUCCGUGAUCCGAUAAUCAAACUAGAUGAGUUGAACAAAAAACUUGCACCGGAAGAUGAGAAAAACUUCCUCUACAUAAAGGCGAUGGAAAGUGACGAUACACCAGUUUUCUACAGAAACGAAGUAGUCGACAAAUUGGUGCGAGUAUGCAUGAAAGACGGUGGCAAAGAAACAUCGAGGAAUAACAUUUUUUCAGCUUUGGAAAUUAUCAAAAGGCGACAAUAUAAGUUAUGGCGAGAAGCACCAACAGAGGAAGAAAAGGCAAAAAUUGAAACAAACCCCUUCAAAGUUGCAGAAAAGGGAAUUAAGAAUUGUCAUCCGUUAAUGAAGUUGAUGCCGGUGACAAGAGGAGGUACCACUUAUCGGGUCCCAUUUCCAAUUGAAGAAAAAGAAGCUGAAUUCCGAGCGAUGAAAAUGAUGCGGGAUAUUUGCCGAGGCAAAGCGAAACACUCGAAAAUUUUGCACUUUGGGGAUUACAUUGCAAAUGAACUACUCGCCGCUUACAACAAUGAGGGACAAACGAUACAGGCCAAGCAAGAACUCCACAAACAGUGUGAAGCCAAUCGAGCUUAUGCUCAUUAUCGUGGA